AAGCCCUGAAGUUAAAGAAGAGGAAAGAAAAUGGAGUGAGGCAUGGCUCUUACUCAGGAACGACUGACCUCUGCGGAUGUGGCCAUCAACUUCACUCAGGAGGAGUGGGAAUUCCUGGCCCCUGCUCAGAGGGCCUUGUACAGGGACGUGAUGCUGGAGACCUACAGGAACCUGCUGUCUGUGGAUAUCUCUCCUACACAUGUGAUCAAGCUUUUACAACCCAAAGCGAACAGUGAUAAACGAGAAACAUUCCAAACAUUGAUGCUGGGAAGACCUGAAAGCUGUGAAAUCAAACAUGUUCAUCUUUGGGAUAGUCAGGAAAAUAUGUGUGACUUUGAGUGUCAGGGGAGAGAUGACAAAAGAAAUUAUAAAGGCACACCUGUAAGCCUUAAUGGAAAUGUGCCUGAUGGACGAGAUUCGCAUGAUAGAAAGGAUGCAGGCAUCAAGCCCUUUGGAAAGAGGUUUGGAUUUAACUUUCAGUAUAAACUGCAGAUAUUUCAAACUGGCGGAAUAAUUUCUGAAUAUAAUGAAGUUAAGAGUUCUGUCAACAACAGUUUCUCAUUUUCACCAGUUCUAAGAAUUCCUCCUUCUGUCCAAACCAGUGUUUCUAAUAUAUAUGGGAAUAAGUUUAUGAAUCCUUCAGGAAUAACACAAGAACUCAAAGCACACAGGGAAAAACCUUACAAAUGUGAUGAGUGUGGCAAGGCCUUUACUCACAGCUCAGACCUCAGGAGACAUAAGAAAAUUCAUACAGGAAAGAAAUUAUUUAAAUGUGAUAUAUGUGACAAAGUCUUCAGCCAAAAUUCAAAUCUUGUUCGUCAUCAGAGGGUUCAUACUGGAGAUAAACGUUACAAAUGUGAUGAGUGUGGCAAGGCCUUUCGUGUAAAGUCAAGCCUUUUAAGCCAUCAGACAGUUCAUACUGGAGAGAAACCUUACAAAUGUGAUGAGUGUGGCAGGGCCUUUCGUCUAAAGUCAACUCUUUUAAGUCAUCAGACAGUUCAUACUGGAGAGAAACCUUACAAAUGUGAUGAGUGUGGCACGACCUUUCGUGUAAAGUCAACCCUUUCAAGUCAUCAGACAGUUCAUACUGGUGAGAAACCUUACAAAUGUGAUGAGUGUGGCAAGGCCUUUCGUGUAAAGUCAACCCUUUUAAGUCAUCAGACAGUUCAUACUGGUGAGAAACGUUACAAAUGUGAUGAGUGUGGCAAGGCCUUUCGACUAAAGUCAACCCGUUUAACUCAUCAGACAGUUCAUACUGGAGAGAAACGUUACAAAUGUGAUGAGUGUGGCAUGGCCUUUCGUCUAAAGUCAAGCCUUUUAAGUCAUCAGACAGUUCAUACUGGAGAGAAACCUUACAAAUGUGAUGAGUGUGGCAAGGCCUUUUGUGUAAAGUCAACCCUUUUAAGGCAUCAGACAGUUCAUACUGGAGAGAAACCUUACAAAUGUGAUGAGUGUGGCCUGGCCUUUCGUCUAAAGUCAAGCCUUUUAAGUCAUCAGACAGUUCAUACUGGAGAGAAACCUUACAAAUGUGAUGAGUGUGGCAAGGCCUUUCGUCUAAAGGGAACCCUUUUAAGGCAUCAGACAAUUCAUACUGGAGAGAAACCUUACAAAUGUGAUGAGUGUGGCAAGGCCUUUCGUCUAAGUCAAGCCUUUUAAGUCAUCAGACAAUUCAUACUGGAGAGAAACCUUACAAAUGUGGAUAAUCUGGCAAGGCCUUUACUCAGAGCUCACACCUCAAGAGACAAGAAAAUUCAUUCAGGAAAUAAAUUAUUUAAAUGUGGUAUAUGUGACAAAGUCUUUGGCCAAAAUUCAACCCGUUUAAGUCAUCAGACGGAUCAUACAGGAGAGAACCUUACAUAUGUGAUGAGUGUGGCAAAGCCUGUCGUCUAAAGUCAAACCUUUUAAGUCAUCAGACAGUUCAUACUGGAGAGCAGA